GCCUCUAGUCAUGUGCAUAUAUAUAUGUGACGUCAUUUUAUUGAAUAAAAUGCGAAUACGCGCUAUGACAGACGCUCGAUACAAUUUCACGAGGGUAAUGUAAGAACAGCUGGGAUAGAUUUAUUGUAGAGUCAUAAACAAAAGAGACCGGUGGCUACACUUGCAAGAGCAGCGGACCGUCUUAAGGCAGAACGGUUGGGAUUCAGAACACUUUGAAAUCGGACAGGUAUCGAUAUCAGAGAACGUGACUGAUAAUCUCGAGCGAAUUUCAGCCUUACAGCAUUUGCCAUGGAAACGAGUGGCAACAUUUCGGACUUACUUUAUGCGCUUUCUAACCCAGUGAUGUCGAAUAGCAGCGUAUUCUGCCGAAACUUCAGCAACAGCUCAAGUCUCGUGAACACGAACAGCUCCAGAUGUGAGAGGACGGCUGAGCUGGACAAAAGCUCAACUCCUGUGAUAGUGGCCAUCAUAAUCACCGCGUUAUACUCUAUAGUUUGUGUGAUGGGACUGGUGGGCAACGUCCUCGUCAUGUAUGUUAUUAUAAGAUACACCAAAAUGAAAACUGCGACCAACAUCUAUAUCUUCAACCUUGCUUUAGCAGAUGCCUUGGCAACAAGCACUCUGCCGUUCCAGAGCAUCAAUUACCUGAUGGGUACAUGGCCUUUUGGAGAUGUGCUGUGCAAGAUUGUGAUGUCCAUUGAUUACUACAACAUGUUCACCAGUAUCUUUACCCUCACGACUAUGAGUGUUGACCGUUACAUUGCUGUUUGCCACCCGGUUAAAGCCCUGGACUUCAGAACCCCCCGGAAUGCUAAGAUUGUCAACGUGUGUAACUGGAUCCUUUCAUCUGCCAUCGGUCUCCCUGUCAUGGUCAUGGCCUCCACCACUAUUGAGUACCACAGCAGUUCGUUUGGCAUCACUGAUUGUACUUUGCUCUUUCCCCAUCCUUCCUGGUACUGGGAGAACCUCCUAAAGAUCUGCGUUUUCAUCUUUGCCUUCAUCAUGCCCGUCCUCAUCAUCACCAUCUGUUACGGCUUAAUGAUCCUCCGCCUGAAGAGUGUGCGCAUGCUGUCUGGCUCCAAGGAGAAGGACCGCAACCUCCGGCGCAUCACCCGAAUGGUCCUGGUGGUAGUGGCGGUUUUCAUCAUCUGCUGGACACCGAUCCACAUCUUCGUCAUCAUCAAGGCCCUGGUGACCAUUCCAAGCUCCCUCCUGCAGACCGUCACUUGGCAUUUCUGCAUUGCCCUUGGCUACACCAACAGCUGCCUCAAUCCAGUGCUCUACGCCUUCCUGGACGAGAACUUUAAGCGCUGUUUCCGAGAGUUCUGUGUUCCCAGUCCGUCCGUGCUGGACCUCCAGAACUCCACACGCACCAGAAAUCCCCAGCGUGUAGGCCAGUCCAGUGGCCACACGGUAGACAGGACAAAUCAGCAGGUAUGACUAGUCCUGGAAAUGUCAUCACUGGAGUCCCGCUGCCAGCCCAGUGUUGACAUGAGCUCAGAUGUCACGCAGAUCACCACCGGGGUCUAACACCUUCACCUAUAGGAGCUGCGCAAGGUUGAACCUCUUGAAGCACCAAUA